GGCCUAGCUAAUCAAGCUCUUACUAGGCUUUCUAGAAACAUCGUUGCAGGUGUGUUGAGGCAAGUUAAAGCUCAAAUCUCCAAGACACCGGCCCUUCAGGACCAAAAUUGUGCAUCCCUGACUUAAGGGCUUCAGGUGAGACCACACACCCCUAUAACGGAGAGGCAGAGUGGUACAGUCCAGACGCAGCCUUUUCCCUAUGGAGUUGUUGCUGAGGAGCUUUCAGAGUUUCGGGGAGCGAGAGAAGAGAGCACGGGCGGCGAUAUGGCGCUGACAAUGACUGCCCAUUUUCUCAGGAAUAACCCGAUUCAGCUGGGACUGAAUUUGAGAGUCCUGCUCAUGCUCUCAUUUGUGUCAGGGUUGGUAUAUGGCAGUCAGGUGAUCGUCCCCCCUAAAGUGAAUGCUGUUUUGGGUAAGAAUGUCACCCUCAGCUGCAGGGUACAAGUGGACACAAACCUCAGCCUGACACAGAGCUCCUGGGAGAGGAAGCUGCCCAAUGGAUGGGUGACCCUGGCCGUGUACAACCCCAUGUUUGGUAUCUCCAUCCCUCCCGAUUAUGAGCGACGCCUGUCCUUCCGCUCGCCCUCUGCACUCGACGCCACCAUCAUGCUGGAAGAUGUGGGUUUUGCUGACAUCGGCGUGUACACCUGCAAGGUUGCCACCUUUCCGCUGGGUAACACACAGGCCUCCACCACUGUCAGCGUACUAGUGGAGCCAAAGGUGUAUGUCUCUGCUGGAUCUUCUGCACUGAUUGACGGUGGCAAUGAGACCACAGUGGCCACCUGCAUUGCUGAGAGGGCUCGACCCCCUGCUGACGUGUCCUGGGAGACCAAUCUGUAUGGGAUGUCUGAGGCCCACAUGCAGGAGGACGCCAACGGCACCACUACAACACAGGUGCACUACAUCUGGCAGCCGUCCCGUCACGCACAGGGACACACUCUAACAUGUGUGGUGAAACACCCUGCUCUGCAGAGUGACUUCAGGAUCCCCUACAUCAUCAAUGUACAGUUUGCUCCAGACAUCCUGGUGCUGGGCUAUGACGGAGACUGGUAUGUGGGCAGGGAGAAUGUGCAACUGAAGUGUCGAGCCAAGGCCAACCCGCCUGCCCAGCACUUCAGAUGGAUCAGGCUAGAUGGAGAGAUGCCAAAUGGAGCAGAGAGGGUGAAUAACACUUUGGUGUUCACGAGACCCCUGCAGAAGAAUGACUCUGGGGUUUACAGGUGUGAGGUGGCAAAUGACAUCGGACUGCACAGUCGAGAUAUAAGAAUACGCAUUCAGGAUCCUCCCUCAACCACCACCAUGCCCCCCACCACCCCAGUGCGCCUCCUAACUGCUGACAUCUCUGCCACCGCACCUGGCAAUAAGCAGCGAGCCCUCAUCACCUCUCCAACCCUGGCGCCUCUGCACGAGGGGAGCCUAGGCACAAUUGUGGGCGGGGCAGUGGGUGGAGCCCUCUUCCUGCUGUUGCUGCUCAUUCUGGCUGGGGUUUAUUACCAGCGUCAACGUCGGACUUUCCGCGGAGACUACUAUACAAAGCAGUAUCAUGGCCCAUCAGACAUGCAGAAGGCUCCUCAGCCCCAUGAGCUGCAGCAAGUCUACAGCAAGGGAAGUCCUGACACCAAGCUCAAAUCCAACCAGGAUAACGGCACCAUCUACCCAGAUAAGGAUAGGGAAGAAUGGGGGGAUUUCGACCGAGAGCGAUCACCCAACGGUCGCAGCAGAGCUCUGAGAGAAGCAGGUCAACUCAAUCACCAUAACCAUCAGAACCAUGAGCAUGGCUUCCACAGCAAUCAUCACACUGGUCAUCCGCAGAGCUACAGUCCAGCCCAUCACAUCCAGAGGAGCUCGCUGCAGCCGCAGCCCCGCAGGUAUCCUGCUCCUCAAGUCAUGAGCAAUGGCUCCCCCUACCUGCCGGAGGACUGCUACGACAAUGAGUAUGUCUCACACACAGAUGGCUCAAUGAUCUCCCGGAGGGAGUGGUAUGUCUGAGAAGAACAAGCAGAAAGAGACUGCAUAGAUACUUAAGAAAUGCUUCAGACUGCAAAAUCAAAGAAGGAUGAACAGAGUUAUGUAAAGAGAAUUAGUAGAAAACGCACCUUUUUUAGUAGUUUAUACCUACCAGUUUCUUUGUUUUUGUACAUUAGCUUAAUUGUUUGUUUGCUGUUCUUAGCUAUGUGGUUUAAAGGAUGUUUUGGGACCAAAAGUGGGUAUAAUUUUAAUUUUCAUUUCUUAGAAAGUGAAGUCAUCUGCUGUGGUUCUGCUGUAAACCACUUUAUGGGUGAUUUUACAUGUUGGGUUUGUCUUGCCAAAUCAAUAGCCAGUUUUCUUUGCACAGUGAGACGUGCUGUGCGAUUUUUAUAAAAAUUAAAAAAAAAAAAAAAAA